AUGCGGAAACUAACAAUUUUAAAUAGAAAAAAGGAAAUAAAUAAAGCGAGGGUGGAUGGGAUAAAUAAAAGAAUAAUAGGUUCAUGGUCAUAUCAAUCACAAUUUGUUAGAUUUUCUGUUGAUUCAAGUGAAGUAUUUCUUGGGGAUUUUUAUGACAAUCAAGAAUGGCUUUUGAUAGAUGCAAUAAUGCAAAACGGGACAAUGGAAUAUUUGGGGAACGAAUCAUUCUCGAUGGUUCAAAUUAUUUUAAUUUUGAGAAGACAAUCUUUUUAUUAUGUUUUUAAUUUAGUUUUUCCAACAACUUUGGUAUCGCUUGUUGCUGUAAUUGGUUUUCAUGCUCCGAUAAAUGCUACUGGGAGAAGGGAAAGUAAAUUUCGUUUAGGUGUUAUGACUUUGUUGAGUUUAUCAGUUAUGUUAUUAAUGCUUGUUGAUGAAAUGAAAUUUGCUCUAGAAUCAAUUCCAGGUCAAAGAGGGUCAUUUUCUGAUGUUCCUUUAAUUGGUAUUUAUUAUAUGUCCUUAAUUUUAACAAUUUCUGUUGCUACCUGUACUUCUUCUGUUUUUGUUCAUUUAGAAAAAUAUGGCCUUAGAAAUUCUGGAUUUGCUGUUUGUUUUUAUUUUUUUACGAAAUUAUCCAAAAUUUUAAUAAAAUCAAAAUACAGUCGAACCUCAUUUAGAUAA